AUGUCGGCUGCACCAGGUCUUCUGCGCCAGGAACUGUCUUGCCCACUGUGCCUGACGCUGUUUGAUGCGCCAGUGACUGCUGAGUGUGGUCACAGUUUCUGCCGUGCCUGCCUGGUCCGCGUGGCAGGCGAGCCUGCCACUGAUGGCACAGUGCCCUGUCCCUGCUGUCAGGCACCCACGCGGCCGCAGGCACUCAGCACUAACCUGCAGUUAGCGCGUCUCGUGGAGGGUCUGGCGCAAGUGCCCCAAGGCCACUGCGAGGAACACCUGGAUCCACUGAGCAUCUACUGCGAGCAGGACCGCACACUUGUGUGUGGUGUGUGUGCCUCUCUGGGUUCGCACCGUGGCCACCGUCUUCUGCCUGCCGCCGAGGCCCACGCACGCCUCAAGACUCAGCUUCCCCAACAGAAGCUGCAGCUACAGGAGGCAUGCAUGCGAAAGGAGAAAAGCGUGGCCGUGCUGGAGCACCAGUUGGUGGAGGUGGAGGAGACCGUGCGUCAUUUCCGGGGAGCUGUCGGGGAGCAGCUGGGGAAGAUGCGGGUGUUCCUGGCUGCCCUAGAAAGCUCUUUGGACCGUGAAGCGGAAAGGGUGCGGGGUGAUGCUGGGGUGGCCUUGCGCCGGGAGCUGUCAAGCCUGAAUUCCUACCUGGAGCAACUGCGGCAGAUGGAGAAGGUUCUGGAGGAGGUGGCGGACAAGCCACAGACAGAGUUCCUUAUGAAAUACUGCUUGGUGACCAGCAGGCUGCAGAAGAUCCUGUCCGAGUCCCCACCACCUGCAAGGCUGGAUAUCCAGCUGCCUGUCAUCUCAGAUGACUUCAAAUUCCAAGUGUGGAGGAAGAUGUUCCGGGCUCUGAUGCCAGACCUGGAGGAACUGACUUUUGACCCCAGCUCUGCGCACCCGAGCCUGGUCGUGUCCCCUUCCGGCCGCCGCGUGGAGUGCUCGGAGCAGAAGGCACCGCCAGCGGGAGAAGACACGCGCCAGUUCGACAAGGCGGUGGCGGUGGUGGCUCAGCAGCUGCUGUCCCAGGGCGAGCACUACUGGGAGGUGGAGGUGGGCGACAAGCCGCGCUGGGCCCUGGGUGUGAUGGCGGCUGACGCUCCCCGCCGUGGCCGGCUGCACGCGGUGCCCUCCCAGGGCCUGUGGCUGCUCGGGCUGCGCGACGGCAAAGUCCUGGAGGCGCACGUGGAGGCCAAGGAGCCGCGGGCACUGCGCACCCCCGAGCGGCGGCCAGCGCGCAUCGGCCUCUACCUGAGCUUCGCCGAUGGCGUGCUGGCUUUCUAUGAUGCGAGCGACGCCGAUGCGCUUGCACCCCUCUUUUCCUUCCACGAGCGCCUGCCCGGGCCGGUGUACCCCUUCUUUGACGUGUGCUGGCACGACAAGGGCAAGAACUGUCAGCCGCUGCUGCUCGUGGGGCCUGAAGGCGGCGAGCAGGCCUGA